AUGAAAAUCCCAGUCCUGUUCGCCGCUGCCAUUUUCACUGGCCGUGCAACCGCUUUCUGGGGCCAACUGAAGGCCGGUCCGUACAAUGACGGCGAAGGUGGAAUGAUUGCCCAAGAUAUCUACGUUACCGAUUACAAUACCGGCUCCGUCUAUUACACUCUUCUUGAUGGCGGCUUUGAUGCUUGCGCUACUGGCCAAUGCGAUGUGUUCUUCCAGGAAGAAAGUGGCGACAAGAGCUACUACUUCAGCGCUAGACUUUGGAGAACAACCAACGGAUGCCACAAUAUCGACUUUUUGGGUGCUUUGGAUGCUCACCAUGGAUACUGCUGUGGUUCUCUCCCUUGUGACAUUGCUGCAUAG